AUGGAAAGCACGUGUAGAGCGGCAGCAGGAGCAGCAGCAGCAGCAGGAGACGAAUCAACUGACGCUGCUGCUGCUGCUGCUGCAGGCGGGGUGUACGUGACGGCCCCCCUCUUUUACUGCAACGGCUGUUUGCACUUGGGGCAUCUGUACACCGCAGUUGCUGCAGACGCUGCUGCUGCUCUCCUAAGCCUUUUCAAUGCCGCUUCUCCUGCUGCUGCUGCUGCUGCUGCAACCGGACAUGCAGAGGAAGUAGGACGAGGAGCAGGACCAGCAACAGGGCAGCAAACAGCACUGCCACGACCAGCAGCAAAGACACCGGCAGCAGCAGCAGCAGCAGCAGCAGAUUACUCGCUGUUGUGCGGCAGCGAUCAGCAUGGCGUGAAGGUGCUUGAAGCAGCAAAGCGGUGGUGGUCUGAGCUGCCGCAGAAGCAGCAGCAUGAGCUGGCAGCUGUGCACUUUUCUUCAGCUGCUGCUGCUGCUGCUGCGAAGGGCGACGCUGUAGCAGCAGCUACUGCUGCAGCAGCUGCUGCUGCUGCUGCCAAAGGGGAGCGCAGCAGCAUCCCCUGCUGCGUCCCUCUCAAUUGGUUUGUGUCUCUUCUGUCUCUUCACUCGAAGCAGCUGCUGCAGCAGGCAAAUGUUUGCUGCAGCUUCUUCCUAGAGACAGCAGCAGACACAAAAACCUGCUGCACGUACACCCCAAAUCCGUCAGUCUUGCUGGAACUGCACCAGCAGCAGCAGCAGCCGAAGCAGCAAGAGCCGGGCCAACUCCAAAUUCACGUGCUGCAGCAGAAGCUUCUGCAGCAGCAGCAGCAGCAGCAGCAGCAACACACCCUGCCACCUCACGCUGCUGUUGUUGCUGCUCUAUGGAAGGCUCUAGAGCAAAGGGGUUUUAUCUAUCGAGCGCCGCUGCAGCAGCAGCAGCAGCAGCAGCAGAAUUCAUCAGCACAGGGGGCCGGCGGAGAAGAAGAAGCAGACGUUUGGGAAGUGCAGGAACUGGAGCAACAACACCAACCACAGCAGCAGCAGCAACAGCAGCAACAGCAGCAGCAGCAGCAGCAGCAGAGGGGAGAGGCUUCGGAGGAGUACGGGUAUUUCUUUGCGUUGAAGCGUCUCUGCCCUCAGCUGCAACAGUUGCUGCAGCAGCCAUUGUUGCUGCUUCCAAAGGCGCAGCAGCGGGAGCUGCUGCACUUCCUCCCUCGUGUGCGAGACAUUCAGGUGUCUAGACACCGCAACCUUGUGAGAAUCGCGAGGAUCUUCUGCAGCAGCAGCAGCAACGGCAGCAGCAGCAGCUGCAGCGGCAGCCGAAGCCCCAUCAACGCGGGCGCCAGCAGCAGCAGCAACACGAACAUUAGCAGCGGUAGCAGUAGCACUAGCAGCAGCACUAACAGCAGCACUAACAGCAACAGCAGCAGCAGCAGCAGCAGCAAAGGUGUGCAUCUUGAGGCUUGCGAUUGCGUGUGGGGUUUACCGGUCCCCAGCGACUCUUCUCACGUUGUUUAUGUUUGGUUAGAUGCACUUGCUGCUUAUUUAAUACCUGCAUGCAGCAGCAAACCCCAAGAAAGAAUAUGGCCUCCCCGGCUGCAAGUGUUUGGGCGAGACAUCGCUCGGUUCCACGCUCUCUUCUUCUUGGGUUUGCUGCUGGCCCUCCGUUAUCCGCCCCUUAGCAGCAGCAGCAAUAGCAGCAGCAGCAAUAGCAGCAGCAGCAGCAGCAGCAGCAAUGGCGGUAGGGAAGAGGAUAUUCUUCCUGUGGAUCUGCUGCAGCAGCUGCCGCUGCAGCAAGUGGCCCAUGGGUGGCUCCUUAAACCCACGGGAGACAAAAUAGCCAAGUCAACUGCUGCACCUGCUGCUGCUGCUUCUGCUGCUGCUGCUUCUGGUGCUGCUGCUGCUGCUGCAGAAGCUGCACCCGCGGACGCUACAGCAGCAACAGCAGCAGCAGCACCAACGACAACGGCAGCAGGCCUCGCUGCAGUCGACUUAAAGGACUUCUUAGGAAGCAGCUGGUCUGCUGAAGCAGCAGCAGCAGCAGCAGCUGUACGUACACUUGGGGCUGAUAGGCUUCGGUUCGCGUUGCUGCACUGCAAGGCACUUGAGAGGGACGUCAAGCUGCUGCCGUUCGACAGCAGCAGCAGCAACAACAACAGCAGCAGCAGCAACAACAACAGCAGCAGCAGCAACAACAGCACCGGCAGCCCCAGCAGCAACAGCAGCAGCAGCAGCAGCAAUACCAGCCCUCUUGUUGCUGCUGCGCGUGUCGUGGAGCAGCAGGUUGGGAACUUCGCCCAUAGGGUUUUGUCGCUGCUGCAGCAGCAGCAGCAGGGCUUGGCUCCUCCCGCACCGCCGCUGCUUGUAGCAGCAGCAACCAACCCCUUCACUGAUAAGGAAGCACUCGCUGCUGCUGCUGCUGCUGCUGCGGGGGACGAGGAAGGCGUUGCGGAUAGGGCAAGAGCAGUAACAGCAACAGCAACAGCAACAGCAACAGCAACAACAGCAACAGAACUAC